UGCCUCAUUUUCUUACCUUCUUGUUUCAGCCAUCUGCACUGCAAAAGAUGGAUCUCACUUUGCUAUCCUUGCUGUGAACAAUCUGCAUGGCAAAGCUUGUAAAAAUGACGCAGAUGGGAUAAUUUUAUUAUUUGGAGUGGAAAAUCCCAUCCCUCUAGCAACCUGGGGGGUCAGAAAGGCAAAGGGAGGCGGCCUUGCUUUUAUUUCCCCUGAUUUAUCAAUUAAUGAUACAAAAUUUCCAGAUGAAGGAAGCCAUUCAUUACUAGCUUACAUCAGUGGUGAUCACCAAUAUGUUAUCUUUGAUCCACAUGCAGAGGUUCAGACUGCCAGAAAUGCUCGCACAAGACAAUUUCCUGAUGAAGAACCAGAACACAUCGGAUACACAUCCAUAUAUGGGGAGCUCCCAGAAAUUGACAUGCAGAGAGAAGAGAGCAUUUCAGAAAUUCCAUUUAUGCCUUCAGAAAGAAUCUGGGAAACUAUAUUUACUGGAUCAUCACAUAAUCUUCCACCAUUAACAAAGCUUUGCGCGACAUUCUUGGAAUCAUUAAUGGAGAAAAGUUCUACUGUAUAAGACUGAUAAAUUUGAUAUUUUUCAACUACUGGAGAAUAGCUCUGUGAUCAACAAUGGCUGCCUGGUAAAUUUUUAUCCAAAAUGGAGCUGAUUUAGCAGUGAUAAGUAUUCAAUCAAACAAUGGAAGAGGCAGCACUCCAUCAUUUGAUUAUCAGAGUUUUCUUCAAGGUUGCUUCUGCGGUUUCUACACUAAGGGUGCAUAAGUCAACAUGGAUUGUGCUCUACAAAAGUUUUGUAAUAAUAAUUUAAUUUUCUUACAAUUUAGGCUUUUGUAAUUCUCUCCUUGCCAUAUUCAUAUGUUGAGAGUUUUUGUGUUUGUAUUGAUUAAUCAACAUCCAAUUUUAGUUCCAUUUUUUUGGGUGUAAUUUAACAAUUCUAAUUUUAUUUUAUUUUUGGUUAA